UCUGAAAUAAUAUAGUCAGCCAUUUUUUAUGUAAGGGGAUUUUUCUUAUUGGGGGGGUUGUUAAAAAAUAAAUAUAAGGGCGGCCAUCUUUGUUUCCUUGCCUUGUAGUGUAAAAUAUUCCAAAACGCCCCCCACUUUUUUCUUGUGUCGAUUUGAAUAUUAAAUAAAUAUCAUAAUUCCGGAGGAUUUCUGAUUUCGAGGACGGAACCGAUGACAGGAAUAUAAUGUCCGCUCCUCUCCGGUCCUGUGAGGAAGACGAGGGCAUGUUGGUUAAUUCCGAGGGAGGAGAUUUUGAUGAAGAAGAAGAGGACGACGGAGAUCUAGACGAGAACGCAAGCGACAUAAACUCGCCGGCGGCGCCUCAAGAAACUGCAACACUAGCCGCGCCAGAGGAAGAAGGUGAAGCAUCAGACAGGGACAGUCUUGGGAGGAAGAAACGAGGGCCCAAGAAGAAAAAGGAGACAAAAAAGAAGGAGAAGGAAGGAAAACUCCCCAAAGCAAAAAAACGGAAAAAGAUUGACAGUGAUGUAGAGAGAGACUCAGAGAGAGAGAGAGACUAUGGCGAGAACUCUGACAGCGCAGCCAGCGACUUCGCUGGGGAGAAAAAGAAGAAGAAGAAACACAAGGAGAAGAAAGAGAAGAAAACAAAAAAAAAGAAAAAAGACGAUGGGGACAACACGCACGAGGAGACCACCAAGCCAAUAGAACAGAAGACGUCUGCCCAGCUGGCUAAGGACUGGGGCCUGGAGGAUGUGGAUCAUACCUUCACUGAGGACGACUAUCGCACACUAACCAACUACAAAGCCUUCAGUCAGUUCAUGAGGCCCAUGAUCGCUAAGAAGAACCCGAAGAUCCCCAUGUCCAAGAUGAUGACCAUCCUGGGGGCCAAGUGGAGGGAGUUCAGCUCCAACAACCCCUUCAAGGGCUCCGGCGCUGCGGCCGUGGCCGCUGCGGCCGCAGCCGCCGCAAUCGCCGUCGCCGAACAGGUCUCCGCAGCGACCCCGUCGCCGUCCCCGGAGCCGCCCCGGAAGCAGCCCCAGACCCCUCGGCCGGCGCCCCCGCCGGCCCCGCUCCGCAAAGCCAAGACCAAAGAGGGCAAAGGCCCCGGUUACAAGAAGAGUCGCAGUAAGAGUCCUCGCGUUCUGGCUGAGAGGAAAAAGGCGGUAGCGGCCGCGGCAGCUAAAGCGAAAAAGAUGGCCCCCAUACGCAUCAAACUGGGCGCCCUAGGCAACAAGAGGAAGAAGAGCAGCUCUAGUGGUGAAGACGUCGACGAGGAGGAUUCGGAACAGGAGGACUCCAGCGUCCACAGCUCUUCGGUCCGCUCGGACAGCUCCCCCCGCGUGAAAAAAAACAGGAGAGGACGGCCAUCCAAGAAGAAGAAGAAAAUGCUCGGCGAGGGUGAGGCGGAGGGUGACGGCUAUGAAACGGACCACCAGGACUACUGUGAGGUGUGCCAGCAGGGCGGGGAGAUCAUCCUGUGUGACACCUGCCCCCGGGCCUACCACCUGGUGUGUCUGGAGCCUGAGCUAGAGAAGGCUCCCGAGGGCAAGUGGAGCUGCCCCCACUGUGAGAAAGAGGGGAUUCAGUGGGAAGCGAAGGAUGACGACUUUGAGGAGUUUGAGGAAGACAUCGAGGACCUGGUCGUACCGGAGGUGCCAGGAGUCGGGCUGCUGGUAGGGUUUGAGGAGGAAGACGACCACAUGGAGUUCUGCCGGGUCUGUAAGGACGGAGGGGAACUAUUAUGCUGUGACACCUGCACCUCCUCCUAUCACAUCCACUGUCUGAACCCACCCCUGCCCGAGAUCCCUAAUGGGGAGUGGCUGUGCCCGCGCUGCACCUGUCCUCCAAUCAAAGGCAGGGUACAGAAGAUCCUUCACUGGCGGUGGGGUGAGCCCCCCCAGCCUGUACCCGUUCCCCCAGACCCCGAUGCUCCCCCUGAUGCCCCCCUGCCGCCUCCCAUGAAAGGCAGGGCGGAGAGGGAGUUCUUCGUCAAGUUGGCCGGACAGUCCUACUGGCACUGCACAUGGAUUACUGAGCUACAGCUGGAGAUCUUCCACUCUGUGAUGUUCCGCAACUACCAGAGGAAGACUGACAUGGACGAGCCUCCCAGCCUGGACUACGGGUCGGGGGGUGAGGAGGACAGUACCAAGAGUGAGAAGAGGAGGCUUAAGGACCCGGACUAUGCUGCCCUCGAUGACAAGUUCUAUAAAUACGGCAUCAAGCCUGAGUGGAUGAUGAUCCACCGUAUCAUCCACCACAGUGUUGACAAGAAAGGGAUAUACCACUACCUGGUGAAGUGGAGAGACCUGGCCUAUGAUCAGUGCACGUGGGAGAGAGACGAUCUAGAGAUCCCAGAGUUUCCAAUCCAUAAGGCCAACUACUGGGCACACAGGGAUGAGGUGAUGAAGGAGGCCCCCGACAUGCCUAGGAGAAUGAGGAGCAUGAGGAUGGAGGAGAACGAAGACCCCCACAGAUCACCUGUGAAUGACCCCACCAUUAAGUACGAGGAGCAGCCUGACUUUGUGACGGCGACGGGGGGUACACUCCACCUGUACCAGCUGGAAGGUCUCAAUUGGCUGCGCUUCUCCUGGUCACAGGGCACCGACACGAUUCUGGCAGACGAAAUGGGGCUGGGCAAGACCAUCCAGACCAUCGUGUUCCUCUACUCACUCUUCAAAGAGGGCCACACAAGGGGCCCGUUCCUGGUUAGUGCCCCCCUCUCCACCAUCAUUAACUGGGAGAGGGAGUUUGAAAUGUGGGCCCCCGAUUUCUACGUGGUGACCUACACUGGGGACAAGGAGAGCAGGGCCAUCAUCAGGGAGAAUGAGCUGACCUUCGACGACUCGGCUGGCAGGGGAGGGAAGAAGGCCUUUAAACUGAGGAGAGAAGCCCCUAUAAAGUUCCAUGUGCUGCUGACCUCCUAUGAGCUGGUGACCAUAGACCAGACCUCUCUCAAGUCCAUAGACUGGGCCUGUCUGGUCGUGGACGAGGCCCACCGCCUCAAAAACAACCAAUCAAAGUUCUUCAGGCGGUUAAAUGACUACAAGAUUGACCACAAGCUGCUGCUGACAGGGACUCCUCUACAGAACAACUUGGAAGAGCUUUUCCACCUGCUCAACUUCCUCACUCCUAACCGCUUCAAUAACCUGGAAGGUUUUCUUGAGGAGUUUGCAGACAUCUCUAAGGAGGACCAGAUCAAGAAGCUCCAUGACCUUCUGGGGCCCCACAUGCUCAGGAGACUGAAGGCCGACGUUUUUAAGAACAUGCCGGCAAAAACGGAGCUCAUCGUCCGGGUGGAACUCAGCCCCAUGCAGAAGAAAUACUACAAGUUGAUUCUGACCAGGAACUUUGAGGCUCUGAACUCUAAAGGAGGAGGCAACCAGGUCUCUCUACUGAACAUCAUGAUGGACCUGAAGAAGUGCUGCAACCAUCCCUACCUCUUCCCUGUUGCCUCCAUGGAAGCCCGUAAAACAGCUAGUGGAGCAUACGAGGGCACGGACCUCACAAAGGCUUCUGGCAAACUGACCCUGUUGCAGAAGAUGAUGAGGAAACUAAAAGACCAAGGACAUCGGGUGCUGGUCUUCUCCCAGAUGACCAAGAUGUUGGACCUGUUAGAGGACUUCCUGGACUUUGAGGGUUAUAAGUACGAGAGGAUUGACGGAGGAAUCACAGGAGGUCUAAGACAGGAGGCAAUAGACCGGUUUAAUGCUCCUGGCGCUCCACAGUUUUGUUUUCUGCUCUCCACCAGAGCAGGGGGUCUGGGCAUCAACUUGGCCACCGCAGACACAGUCAUCAUCUUCGACUCUGACUGGAACCCCCACAACGACAUCCAGGCGUUUAGUCGUGCCCACCGCAUUGGGCAGGCCAACAAGGUGAUGAUCUACCGCUUUGUGACCCGGGCCAGCGUGGAGGAGCGCAUCACCCAGGUGGCCAAGAGGAAGAUGAUGCUGACCCACUUGGUGGUUCGGCCCGGUCUGGGCUCCAAGGCCGGCUCCAUGUCCAAACAGGAGCUGGACGACAUCCUGAAGUUCGGCACGGAGGAGCUGUUCAAGGACGAGAUCGAAUUCCUCUCACCACCGCGUAUGUCUGCUCUCUCAUCCCUACGCUGUCCAGCGGGGGACAACAGGGAUGACGAGGGCAGCGUCAUCCACUACGACAGCUCGGCCAUCGAGAGGCUGCUGGACCGGAGCCAGGACGCUACAGACGACACCGACAUGCAGAAUAUGAACGAGUACCUGAGCUCCUUCAAAGUGGCCCGCUACAUGGUCCGAGAGGAGGAUAAGAUUGAAGAGGUGGAGCGUGAGAUAAUUAAACAGGAGGAGUGUGUGGACCCAGAAUACUGGGAGAAGCUGCUCCGGCAUCACUAUGAGCAACAGCAAGAGGACCUGGCCAGCAAACUAGGGAAAGGCAAGAGGAACCGCAAGCCUGUCAACUACAACGACGCCGCCCAGGAGGACCAAGAGUGGCAUGCUGGUAUUUCAGAUAACCAGUCCGAGUACUCUGUUGGCUCCGAGGAGGAGGAUGAAGACUUCGACGAGAGGCCAGAAGGUUCCCGUAGACAGUCCCGUCGCCAGAUGAGGAACGAGAGGGACAAGCCGCUGCCCCCGCUGUUGGCCAGAGUGGGCGGCAACCUGGAGGUUUUGGGCUUCAACACACGCCAGCGGAAGGCCUUCCUGAAUGCGGUGAUGCGUUGGGGUAUGCCCGCCCAGGACGCCUUCUCCUGCCAGUGGCUGGUUAGAGACCUGAGGGGCAAGAGUGAGAAGGAGUUCAAAGCAUAUGUGUCUCUGUUCAUGCGCCACCUGUGUGAGCCUGUGGCCGACGGUGCCGAGACGUUUGCCGACGGCGUGCCAAGGGAGGGUCUGUGCCGGCAGCCUGUCCUCACCCGCAUCGGGGUCAUGUCUCUGGUUAAGAAGAAGGUCCAGGAGUUUGAGCACAUCAAUGGCCGCUGGAGUCUCCCAGAGCUGAAGCCUGAGAUGAAACCUGAGAUGAAGCCCGAGGCUGUGGUGAGACCCGAGGCCAGCAUGUGCUCCUCCAGAGCCUCCUCCCCCGGUGGGACCCUGAAGACCGCCACGCCGACCUCUGACCCCAGCUGUACCUCCGACAACACCCCCUGCACCUCCAAACCAGCGACCCCGGCUCCCUCAGACAAACACGAGAAGAACGGGAGAGAUGGAGAGAGGGACGAGAGAGAGAGGGAGGAGAGGAAGGUCUCUGAGCCUGAGAAAGAGGAGGAGGCGGAGGAGGGGACGGAGGGAGACAGCAAUAAGAUUGUAGACCCUGACGAGCCUCCGAUCCCUGCCAAAGACGCUCCACCAGAUUUAUCACUGAGUACGAAAGCAGAGACGGAAGAGGGCGAGAAGAAAGAGGAGAGAAGAGGACCGAGAACCUCUGACAGCCCCGCGUCCACACAGGAACAGGAGCGGAAUGGGGAAGACGACAAGAAGGAGAAAGAAAUAACUAAGCCGGGGUCAGAGGUCAAAGAUGAGGUACGAGGUCAUGUAACGCUCUCACCUGGUGAGAAGGAGGAUGAGGAGAAGGAGAAGAAGAGCCAGGGUGAAGAGGCCCCUGUCACCUCAGAAGGAAUAGACAAUAAGGAGAAGACGGGGAGCCAGACGUCCUCUGAUGUGAAAAAAGAGGAAACAAAGGCUGAUGGGAAAGAACUGGCGAAAGAGGAGGUUGCCAAGGAGGUUGCUAUAGACACCUUGCCGAAACCCCCCAUUGUCCCUCCUGAGCGUCGGCGCUUCAUGUUUAACAUCGCUGAUGGCGGUUUCACAGAGCUUCACACUCUGUGGCAAAACGAGGAGCGAGCAGCCAUCUCCUCUGGGAAGAUGAAUGACAUAUGGCACCGGCGGCACGACUUCUGGCUGCUAGCGGGAAUUGUGCUUCAUGGAUACGCACGGUGGCAGGACAUCCAGAACGACCCUCAGUUUGCCAUCGUUAAUGAGCCCUUCAAGUCGCAGGCAAACAAGGGCAAUUUCCUCGAGAUGAAGAACAAGUUCCUGGCUCGGCGCUUUAAGUUAUUGGAGCAGGCCCUGGUGAUAGAAGAACAGCUGAGAAGGGCGGCGUACCUGAACAUGACCCAGGACCCAGUCCACCCGGCAAUGGCCCUGAACGCCCGCUUCGCUGAGGUGGAGUGUCUCGCCGAGUCCCACCAGCACCUCAGCAAGGAGUCCUUGGCCGGCAACAAGCCGGCGAACGCCGUGCUGCACAAGGUCCUAAACCAGUUGGAGGAACUGCUAAGCGACAUGAAAGCUGAUGUGACACGGCUUCCUGCCACUCUGUCCCGGGUCCCACCCAUCGCUGCCCGCCUUCAGAUGUCUGAGAGAAGCAUCCUCAGCCGGCUGGCCAGCAAGGGCACCGACACACACAUCCCCCCGACCAUCCCUCCUGGACCCUACGCCACCCCUCAGAAUUUUGGGGCCCCAUUCACCCCUGCGCCCCCGGGAGUUCUACCCAUGGGAGGGGCAAACUACAGCCAGAUGCCCCCUGGAUCCUUCAUAUCAGUGUUGAACGGGCCUCCCAUGUCCGUGAAGAAAGAGAGAGAGGCCGAGCUUCUCUUGAGCAGGAGGGACCAGCGAUGUGGGGAGGUCAUCUGUAUCGACGACUAAACUACACCACUUACUGACCACACACACACACACAAACAGGUGGACAUAUAUAUAUACACACACACUCUCUGCAGACUUACAGUCCAUGUUAAAACGAACCCCACCCCGCGUGUGCAUACACACUAAAAUACAGACACACACACACACACACUUGUGGUCCAUGCUGUCACAUACACACCCUUACCUGCUCGAUCUCUCAUUGUCUGCCUCAAACCAACCAGUACUCCUCACAAGCAGCGCUAGUCAUUCAAGGACUCGGCUCCAGAACACGAGCGUUCUGUAAGCCAGACCACUCAGCCAUCGCAUCGCUCACAGUCGACCCGGGAUGUCUGAGAACAGACAACCGCUACAGAACCCGACCCUUUGAUCCUUCAGUGACAGGAAGCUGCAUGAUACAACAGUUCGGGUCUCUAACACCAUUCCUGCCGUUCGUCCUCUGGCGCAUGCAAUGCUAAUAAUCACACUACGCUGUGCCAUGGAGGUCAGGGUUGUGCUACGCAAGCUGCGCGUCUGCAGUGUUUUAUUUUAGCGCCCGAUUUUAUCCGAGGCUUUCGGGAAAACCAUUUAUCAAACGUCCCGUUGGAGACAGCACUAUACAUCGCCGGAAAGCCUGUGCCCACCUCUAUUUGACAUAGACCUUACGGUACUCGUAGGAGUUCUGAAGACUCGGUCAGUUCAACCCAACUCAGUGUUAUAGGGACUAAAUCAGGUAUAACAGGUAUGCCAGAGGAUGGUCUUGUGUUCAAAUUAAUGUCUAAAAUCAGAUCCCCUAUAUAAUGGUCUUGACAAGAAGAUUCUCGGGGGGAGGUCUUCCCUCUUUGCCGAUACAGUAAACGUGGAGGAGUAAAGACGUAAUGUCUCCUUGUUAACGACCUAAAGUUGAAAUUGUGUCUUCGCAUUUCCCCCGAAAAAACUAACUUCUGGUUGUUGGGGAAAGCGCCGAGUAUGUAAGGCUAUAGACCUGGAUAGAGUUUAUAUCUUUGGGUUUUUAGCGUGGGAGGUUCUGGGUGCCAGUUCACUAGGCCUCGUUCACAACAGUCACACGGAUAGUUUCAAUACCCCCUGCAAGACAAGAUACAUACAGUGCUCUCUUCAACCCUCCUUUGGCUUCUAUCACCCUCUACCUUCCUAAUCACCUUCUCCAUCAAUUCUUCCUGUUUUAUUUUUCGAGUUUCUACUUCUUUCUACGAAUUCUGUGAUAUUCUUUGCAUAUUUAAACUUGGCUUAUUCGUGUUCUCUUGUGUUUUUACUUGUUAUCUUACUGCGACUAUGAUUAUUAUUAUUGUCGUCGUCCACGUUGCUGUUGUCUUUGCUGUUACUAUUGAAAAAAGAGCUUCUACCAAAUGAGAAAAUGAGAAAACGGUAAAAUGUUACAUUUUGUGCACAAAUGCACUUCUUAUAUCUGACAUCUUAUAAUCACAAGAGAAACCAAACGAAGAGGUUGACCUUUGAACUUCGGAAAUGGAUAUAAUGCAAAACAUAAACAUAUUGCUUACAUUCUAGAUUUGGGGCUUGCAAAUAACCUAUAUAACAGAUUACAUAUGUAACCCUAAAUGCAUUAAGACAAAAUGAAUCAGAGUACUUAGGCUACUAUUUCAACAACACCAGUUUAAGUACAUAUUCUCUGGAAAUUUAACAGGCUGUUAUAGUGGAAUCGAUUCAGAGGCCGUUAGUAGAAUCAUUUUAUAUACCGCAUCCAUAAAUAUGCCUUAAACAUAACAUCGCUGAAAUAACUGUAGAGGAAGUUACGUCUGAAAUAAGUCUGAAUUCAUCAGAUGUUGACUCUUUACUUGCUUGUUGGAAUAGUCCAGUUUCAGUUCCCUUUAAUUAUUUCAAAUAAUGAAAGUAAAAAAAAAGUUAAUUUAUUUC